ACACCACCUCCAACCACACCACCUCCAACACACCACCUCCAACCACACCACCUCCAACCACACCACCUCCAACUACACCACCUCCAACCACACCACCUCCAACCACACCACCUCCAACCACACCACCUCCAACCACAUUACCUCCAACCACACCACCUCCAACCACACCAUCUCCAACCAACCACCACCAACUUUCUCAUCACCUGGAGGGUCCUGGCCUCCUGCCACCUCACCACUUACCUCCUCAACAUCUGCUGCCUCACCAUGUUCUUCACUGACCCAGCUGAUGAUGAUGAUGACGAUUUUACACCAUCUUCUACAGCAAGCUCGAAGUUACCCUCAUUAUUUGGUGGCACGCCAGAGAAAUCUCCCAGCCUUAAGUAUGUUGCCCCAAAGCAGCCACGCUCUGACCGUGCUGAUUCAGCUGGUAGUGCUGGAGCCAAGAGCAAUAGUCCAGCUCCUUCAGGACAACAGACCACUACACAAACUGCAACUGUCAUACUUGCAUCUCCAGUACAUGCUUAUUUAUAUGUGAAUGGAGAAGCACAGUCUCAGGGGCGUGUCAUGAGCUGCAUUCUUGGAAAUUUCACAGAGAAAAAUUUCCAGUUGCUUUUAUAUCGCUCGAAACAGAACCACCUUACUCGUGCCAGGAUACACCAGCACUUCUCUUUUACUGUUCUGCCAAACAAUUACGGGAACUUCAUUGAUGAUCAACAGAGGAACUGGUCCAUUAUGCUUGAAACUGGACACUAUGUUGAUUUUAUUAUACAGAUGGGCAUUUGUCGUGCAUUGGUGGGAGCAGCACCUGGUGGUGUGGUAACACAGGAUGUUACGGUGGGUGAAGGAUAUGCAUUACAAGAGGGUGAUCAGGCUCAGGUGUCAGUCUCAACAUUUAAUAUUACAAGUGGAAAAAAGGGAGAUCAGGUAAGUAUCCAUUUCCUUUUCUCAAAUAGGGGUUUAAAGUAUGACUUCACAGUAGACCGAUUUACAAAGGGAGGGGAAGAGUCAGGAAGAAAUACGCCACAUGCAAAUGUUCAGCAAGGGCAGAGAGAAGAAAACUCUACUGGAUCAGGAAAUUUUGCAUUACAGCCCCAAGAUACAAAAGAGCAUAUAAAGGAUGAUGGUGGUCCUUCAAUCAAGGCUUCCCUAGUAUCGCGUAUGGCACGGGUGGGCCACCCACUGCUUCCAACUAGACCCAGUAAUACUUCUUCACAUCCCACCGACUCAGAAAGUGAAGUGGAAGAAAUCUCAAGACAGAAACACAAUAGACAUAAUAGCAGUUCAAUGUCUGGGUCAACAGAAGAGUUAGCAGCAACCCCAGCUAUCAGAUCCAGAGCCCCAUCAACUCGAUCAGACACCAUAAGGCCAGAGCCAGCCCCACGACCAUCUCAUCUUUCUUCACACCCACAGCAAAUGGUGGUGUAUCAGCCAGCUCCCUGGCAACAACAUGGGAUUGUGGGUCCUGGAUACUCGAUGGCAGCUGGUGCUUCAGUUGGGACUCAUAUUGUUCCUCCACAACAAGUUGCUCCAGUAGCUGACCCAACUCUCUCUCUCUUGUUUUCUGAAACCAGAUCACAGAACACUGAACUCAAAAUAUGUGUGUCAAAGAUGUCAGACAAGAUCGAUAACCUUAUGAACAAGAUCGAAAAGAUGGAGCAACAGCAGCAACAACACUAUCAAGAAGCAGGUGGUGCUUUUGCACAGUCUGCUAUUGUAGCUUCAAGAAUGAUGCAUCCAUACCAGGAGCAGCAACCCUUCCACUGCUCGGCUCUCACUUCAGACCCUCGUGGGCUUUUGGCACAGAUCACUACAUUAGUUAGUGAAAAUGAAGAAAUGAAGUCUAGACUAGAGGAUAAGGAGAAGACUGUUAUUUCACUUAAUAAUUCAGUUACACAGCUGCUCCAGAAGAAUCAAAAACUAUUAGAAGAAAAGACUGACAUGUUAGUAGCAAAGCAACAACAAGCAGAGGAAGCAGUAACAAGUGUGAGCAUAACAGAGCUGCUGAAUCUGAGAGAGGAGAAAGCCACAAUCGCUGCUCAACUUUCACUUGCCCAGAAUCAGUGUGCUUCAUUUCAGGAUGAAUUAUCUCGGUUUAAGGCAAGUACGGAAACUCAACAGAGAGAUAUUCAAGACUUGAAAACUCAGAUCCAGUUAGAGCAAGCAAAAGGACUACAGCACCAGGAAAAACUGCUUAAAGAAAAUAAUGGUCUUGAAGAAAAACUACAAAGUCUGCAGUUAGAGAAAGAUAGUAUGAAAAGGCUACUCGACACAACUAUGGAAAGUCAACAGACGUUACAAAAAGAGUUAUCAGGUAUGACUGAUAAGAAGACAAAUGUAGAACAGCAACUUCAAAUUGUUCGAACUGAGUGUGAAAAGCUUAAGAUGCAGGCUGAGGAUGCAGAGUCUAGAGUUCAGUCCUUAAUGCAGCAGGUGAAAGAGGAAAAAGUACAAAGAAACAGCGCAGAAAGCAGGAGUGAAAUGCAUUUUAAAAGCCAACAUGAGGAGAUUCUACAGACGCAAAAAUCUAGAAUCAGUCAGUUGGAGCAGAAAGUCCUACAGUUACAAUCUUAUUGUUCUGAGAUAGAGGAAGAAAAGGUCAAGAAUAUCAGUAUACAUGAGAUACAGUUACAGAAGCUAGCAGCUCAGAAAACUUCAUUAGAGGAGAUGGUACAACAACUGCAGAAGGUCACCCCAAACCAGUCAAGUCCUACAAAGAGUCCUGAAGUAACAGUAGAGAUGGUGAAGAAGGUCAUGAAUGUUGUGUAUCGCACCCUCAAAGCCCAGUUCCUCCCUGAGAAAAUGUACUCUGGAUCUGAGGUCCUGCAAGCAUUGUUGAGUGUUAUAAGGGAAACGACUCUGAAACUGGUAGAGGAUCUUCAAAAAACAAAUUCAACAGCAGAAAGUUCAUUAGCCCCACAAGAUCAUAUGAGUAGUGAAUCAACAACAACUUUAGGUACUAAAGGGAAAUCUGAUGAAACUAAUUUGGAAAAAUCAAAUAGAAUUUCGGGUCAAGUAAAGAGUAAUAUAAAUGAUGUUAAAAAUCAAAGCAAAGCCAAUGAAGAAUUGAAAAGGAUGGAGACAAAAGAACAAAAUGCUCAGAAAGAAGAAAAAUCAGCAUCUACAAAGAAUUCAGGUGAGGAUACAGUGCAUAAAGGUGAUGUUGCUAUAACAGAACUUAAAGAAGAUUUAUUAAGUAAUUCAGGGAGCAAAGAUGAGACCACACUUUCCUUAUGCGAGUCCAUAGACUCUAGACUUGGUAAUUGUUCUCAUAAAAUGUUAGUAAAUAAUACUGUUAGUAGAAAUAUUAAUGAUUGUCAAACAUUGAGCCCUCCCAAUAGUUUAGGAAAUGAACAGAAGGGAGAUGGGGCUCAUGGAGUCAUCCAAGCAAAAGAAAACGAAGAAGAACCUCUGAAAUCUAUAGAAGACAGUAAUAAAGAACUAAGACAUCCUGUUAUUGAUAUGGAAAAUACAGAAGUAAGAAAAGCCUCUGAAAAAUCUGACAGUUCAAGGGAUUCCUCUUUAGAGAGGGAGUGGCGACCCCGGCCCCCAACACCACCACUCUUCGGCGAUGAUGAUGAUGAUGACGACGACUGGCUUUCCUGAGUGUAAGAUUGGUAUAAACUGUAAGAAAUUCUCUUGCUGUUUAUGUCUAUGGAGGUUAUAACAAAUGUAUUUUGAAUGGAUGAUAGACUGUUGACUUGCAUUUUGUAAAGAAAGUCAUUGUGACACAUUGGAAGCAGUAGCAAUAUUCAGUAUGUUUAACCCUGAAUGUUAUGUGAAUUGCAUAUAUAGUUAGAAAUUUAUAUUUUCAUAUACCUGGAGUAUACCUGGAGAGGGUUCCGGGGGUCAGUGCCCCCGCAGCCCAGUCCAGUGGUAUAACUUCCAAAUUUCACUUUAAAUUACUUUUGUAUUUAUGUGUUUGUUAGGAAGGAAACUCAAAGACUGAAGAGAACAACUCUCAGACAAGAGAAAAGAAAUGAACUGGAGUAGGCAUUGCACACAUGUUGUCAGAAGCACACACAAGCAGGAUAACAUCAUUUGUAUAAGCUUAGCAGCUAAACAUAAGUAUAUCCUUCAGAAACAAGAACAAAAAACUCAUUCAUGUUGCUCUUCACCACACCUUGUAUGUGUUGUACAAUCAGCGUACUAGAAUGCAGCUCCACCAUGGAACCUCUUUGUAACCAAAUAAAAUAAAUGAAAGAUAACAAAAAGUAAAGUUCCUUCUACUGGAGGAAUACAGAUCAGGAAGAAGAGAGAUAAUUAUGACAAAAAAUACUCUGGGGGCACAGAAAGAGUAGAAGAGGACAGACACUUUAGCAUAGCAGGGUCAAAGAUGAGGGAAUGAAUGUUCAUUGAAGUUGACUAUCCAAACAAAGAUGUUAGGAAGCAUUUCUCUAGUUUAAGAUUAGCCAAAAAGUGGAAUGAGCUAGACAGUACAUAUAAUAUUACAGGCUGACUCCAUACCUAAUUUUGAAACCAUAAGACUUUAGAACAUCAGUCAGUUUAAAGUUAAGGGGUGGGCUGAAGAACUGAAUUUAAACCCCAAACGCUUAAAUAGUUUACAUAAAGAUAAUUUUAUUUAUGAAAAGGUGUUUGUGUGCCACAAAAAGUGACUUUAGAACAUUAUAGCAGAGCAGGAAGUGGUAUGUUUUCCUACUGUGUUCAGUUAGGAAAACCGCUAAAAACAUUUUACUUAAAUGGAUUUAUCUUAGUUUUCCACGUGGUUUAAGCCCAUAUCAAGUAUUUUUGUAUAUUACCGUAAAGUGAUGAGAGAACAAGUGUUGACCAAAAAAACUGGGUCGAGAUAGCACUAAUUGUUGCUCAGUUAGAUAGGUUGCAAAGAAUACUGAUCAAUAUUUGUAAUUUUUAUUUACAAUUAAGAGGCAUUUUACAUCUCUGAUUUAUUAUAGAACAUAAUGUACAGCAUUAUCUAAGGAUAAUGUUCUCUUUAUAUAUAUAUAUGCCAAAUAUAUUUUGAUAAGGUGUAGGAUAUUUAAGGGAUUUGUUAAAUUGAAGUUAUAUUACUGCAGGUAGUAGGAUCAAUACUGAUAAAUUGAUAAAUUCAGGUAUUGUAUUUUGGUGCACUGGUUUGACACAUUCCUGCUAGUGUUAGGGUACAGUAUAUUAUGUCUGCUUUAGUUUCAUUUUUUUUAUAUAUACAGUAAUAUACAAAAAAUCUCUGUGUGGGAUCAUGUAUAAAGCUUAGCUGUUUUCAGAGCUAUUGACAUAUUAAUCAUUGCUUUACUCAUGAUAGGUUUAGCACGUUUGUGAAUACAUACUGUAUACAAUUUAUUCGUAACUGUGCGUAAAUUUAUUGGUUGUACUUGUAUUUCUUUGUACUUUAUGCUGAGAGGCCUAACUAUAAUAUUACGAAUUAAAAAACAGAAGUGCGUUUUCUAUUUUGACUUCAUGAUGAUUGUUGUUAUACAGUAAUAAUAAUACUACAGCAUUGUAGUUUGCUUUACUACUAAUACAUACUACAGUACUGUAGUUUGCUUAACUACUGAUACAUACUACAGUAUUGUAGUUUGCUUUACUACUAAUACAUACUACAGUACUGUAGUUUGCUUAACUACUGAUACUGGCUGAUUUGAGAUCAGUAGUGUAACAAUACUGUAUAUGCUUAUACAGUACAUACAAAGAGGAUUUAGUGUCGUGAAGAAUUAGCAUUCUUGUUAUGGAAUUACGUUAAUUAAAUUAUGAGAUUAAUAUAUCAGGAUUCUCUUCAUCUCAACUUUUAUUGAUAAGUUAAGUAGAUGCUAAAAUGCCUUUAGGUUUGACCCUUUUUUUUAAUAAACCAUCCCUCUUAAUUAAAUUAUCAUAGUUUAUGCACGUUUCAAAUUUUCGGCUGCAUGAAAUUGUGAAAACACACAAACUCUGAAAUUGGUAGGGCUUUGUUUUCUCCAGGCUGAGUGUCAGACAUUGUAUGUACCUUAACUGAAUCUUUAAAAACUCUGUGUUUAUGGAUUAACAGGCAUUUAACUGCCAGAAUGUGGCUGUAUUUUUUUUAAAUCAUACUUAAGUCAACCAAUGAAUUCAAGUACGUAUUAUUGUAAUCCAGGUGACAGUACUUGUAAAAAAAUAUUACUCAUGGUUACAGUAACUAUUAAUGUAAUUGGCAGCCCCUCAGGGAGGUUCCUCGAUGCUGGCGAGGGGCUCUUGAUCUGUCAUCAGACCUAUCCUCCCUUAUAUCCAACCCUUUUGUUUCCCAUUCCCCUAGUUGCUGUAUAAUCCCCAACAGGAUGUAAUGUUUCCUCAUGAAUGUACUAUGGUAAUAAUGACACUGGUGAGGGGCUCUUAAUCCAAAGAAUUGGACCUGAUCUCCCAUUCCCUGGAUCAUAUCUGAUUGCUUCCCAUUACCCCCCCCCCAGGUAUUGCAUGGCCCAUACAGGUUUAGGACUCCCCAUGAAUGUAAUAAUAAUUAAUUUGCAAAUUAA